AUACGAAGCCCUGGUCCAGCUUUUCAACCCGUCCUCUCGCGCGUGGUCCAGGUAAGGAGGAAGUCGAGCAGAAAUCGCGCACCAGUCCAUGCGCGAAAGAGGUCCAGUCCACGCGAAGCCCAACAGAAGCGGCCCAGUACGUGUGCGGCCCAUCGCAGGAGAAAAAGAAAUCAGGCGGGCUGUGCGGCUGCCCGCGCCUUAGCCCGCGAGGCUUGAUCGCUCCCUCAGCUGUGAGCCCGCGUCAGACCGACCAAGCCCGCGCACAUUUGUUAGCCUGGCACAGAUGCUCUCGCGUGGCCCAAUGUCGUUGUGCGCGGCCCAGAUGCACUCCAAGCAGCCCAGCUCGA